AUGUCUGCCUUGGGGCAGCGCCUCGCAGAGUUUCUGGGAACUUUGCUGCUGGUCAUCAGCGUGGAAUGUAGCACCGCCGCCUUCGGGUCUCCACUCUUUGGGGGCCUGGCUGUGGCUGGCAUGCUCUUCGUGGCCAUGCAAUCCUGGGGCCGUGUCUCGGGCGGCAACUUCAAUCCAGCCCUCACUUUGGCGCUGGGCUGCGUGCAGUCCAUGGGCGGUCAAGGCAUGGACUGGGCCCAGGUCCGGUCCUAUGUGCAGCUGCAACUGGCAGCGGGCAUUGUUGGCGCAUUCCUCACUUCCCAAGUGUUUGGCAUCGUCAUGCCCAUCGGCGACCUUUUGGAGCACGGCCUGUGGGCCCUAGGUGUCUGCGAGUUUCUUGGGACCUUCAUGCUCUGCUUUGUGGCGCUGAACGUGUGCGUCGGAAACCGCGCGGAGGAGUACUCCGCGCUGGCGGUUGGCCUCAGCCUGUUGGCCGGGUUUUACAGCGUAGGCCACGUCUCCGGGGGCAUCUUCAACCCGGCGGUGGCGCUGGGAAUGGACCUGUCCAGCUGGAGAGCCAACUACGUGGGCCUCUCAGCCUACUACAUGCUCUUCCAAUUCCCUGCCGCGCUUUGCGCGGCGCUGCUUUUCGCCAAGGUUCGGCCCGAGCUUUUCACAGAUGCCCCGCGAGAAGGUCCAUCGCUGUUUUCGCAGCUUCUCGGCGAGUUUGUGGGGAGCUUUCUGGUGGUGCUGACGGCGGUGGGCGCUUCGCAGGCGGGGGCGGCGGUGGCGCCGCUGAGCGUGGCCGCAGCGGUGGCGAGCUUGGCCUUUGCUUUGCAGAAGGUCUCAGGCGGGCACUUUAACCCGGCAGUGAGCUGCGCGCUAUAUCUCGCCGGCCACAGCCGGCAGCUGCUGAGCUACGCCGUGGCUCAGCUGGGCGGUGCCUGGCUGGGAGCGCUGACAGCGACUGCGAUCUUCCAUCGGCCGCGGAGCUUCGGUCCGCGCUGGCCCUUUGGGCUGCAAGAGGCCGUGGUGGCCGAGGCGAUCGUCGGCUUUCUGAUUUGCUUCGUCGUGCUUGCCGUGAAGUCCAGAGCUGAGGCCUCCCAGUUCUCGGGGCUCGCGUACGGCUUCUGCAUGCUGGCCGGCUUUGGCAUCUGCCGCUGA